GGUUUCAUCAACUACAAGACAUAUGCAUGUUUCAUGUUAAGCAAGCAGAGAUAUGAAUUACGAAGUGAAAAGACAAAAUCAUGACGAUAUGAAUUAAAAUUCAUAUAUUCAAAGCGACAAUAUAGAGCAUAUGAGGGAGGUGAAUAAGAACAAAAAUAUCAAUAGUAAUUGUAGUUGUGAAUGAUGAUGCAACGACAUAUGAGAGAAUCUUAAUGAGUCUUGUCAUCAUGAGUGAUUCUACUGAAUAUGCGAAAAUGCAUUUUGCAUUAAAUUCUUAAAAUCGUUUUGCAUCUAAUGCAAAUCAAAAGUGGUUUCGUAUCAAAGAUAUAAAAUUGUAAGAAAUUGACUUACUCGGUAAAAAAUGUGAAAUUGAUUGAAGUAGUAAAAUUGUGCGAACAAAAGAAUGAAAAAUGAAAAACACAUGAUUGACUUACCAUGCCAGCAGUUUUAUCGACAUCAACGGGGGGAACAACAAGCAUAUAUUUAUCAUCAACUUGGCCUUGGUCACUUCACAUGUCAUUGCUGUCAUCAUCAAUGCAACGAAACAUGACGUUUUGGAAUGAUUUAAUUGCCACAUUUGCACAGCUUAUCUUACUCACAUCAUCGACUGUCGUAUUUACUUCAAAUAUUGGAACUGCACUUGACGUUGGAUUGAAUUUUUUAUCAACAUCGACAACAUCAUCAUAUUCACAACCAUAUUCAACGUAUCAGAGCUUAAGGACGCAUGGAAAUGGUAUUGAUGCUUAUAAGCAACAACAAAAUACAAUUAAUCAAUCAUCAAGACAAAAAAGCAACGGCAACAACUUCGUGAUCAGUGAUCGAUUGAAUGAUAAUCAAAAUAAUAUAACUAAUAAUAAUUAUUAUCCAAAUAGUGACUCUAAUCAGACUGUUCCCAAUGGUGUCAUUGAUAUAAUAAGCGGUAAAAUGUUCAACCUAACAUCUGCCGUUGCUAAAUCAGUGACACCAGUGUCUUCUACGCUCAAUGAGACUAUAUUGAUUGGCACAAGUCAUUAUGGUAAUUUGACGACAACGUCAAGUAGUACCAGUGCGCUAAAUAAUUUAGUUGAUUGUAAUGACUUUACGGAACAAAAAUUACUUAAUAUUGUGAUUUGUUCUAUAAGUGAUGUAAAUAGUAAUAUAAUUAAUGGCACGAAUGCCGAAAAUAGUACUUUCAAUGAUACAUUCAAAAACAUAAGUGAUGAUUUGAUUAGAUUUUAUAAUACAAAUAACUCAUUCUUUAAUGGCACGGAGGUAUCAGGUAAUAACGACACGGGUAUCAAAGCGACAGAGUUUGAAACAACUAUUUAUUUCAUUCAAGUUAUCACAACGGCUGUUGUAUUAGGAAUUAUUAUACUUGCAACUGUAAUUGGAAAUGUAUUUGUAAUAGCAGCAAUACUCUUAGAGAAAAAUUUACAAAGUGUAGCAAACUAUUUAAUCUUAUCACUUGCUGUGGCUGAUCUUCUUGUCGCAUGUCUCGUGAUGCCUCUAUCCGCAGUUUAUGAGAUAUCUCGAGAGUGGAAAUUGGGGCCGGAGCUAUGUGAUAUGUGGACAAGUUCUGAUGUCCUCUGUUGUACAGCAUCAAUUCUCCAUCUUGUAGCCAUCGCACUGGAUCGAUAUUGGGCUGUCACAGAUAUCGAUUAUGCCCACCAACGAACGGCAAAGCGAAUAGGAAUAAUGAUUGUAAUCCUAUGGAUUCUCUCAUUUCUUGUAUCAAUUGCACCAAUGUUUGGAUGGAAGGAUCCCGAAUGGGAUAAAAGACUGGAGAAUUAUGAGUGUUUAGUAUCACAAGAUGUUGGAUAUCAAAUAUUUGCAACAGCAUCAAGUUUUUAUGUACCAUUAUUGGCAAUUUUGUUCCUCUAUUGGCGAAUCUUUCUCGUCGCUCGUAAACGCAUUCGACGGAGACAGCAGGUGACGUAUGGUCAACAGCAGGAACAGCAGAAGAAGAAGCAAAUGCCAUCAACACCGACACCGGCACCUGGUGGAUGUGUAGCACAAGCAGUUGGAAGUGGAAGUGGUGCAAUGGUUGCAGCCGUCGUAGCAGUUAUUGGACGUCCAUUACCUACAAUUAGUGAAGCAACAACAACAACAACAACUACAGCAUUUACAAAUGUAUCAUCAACAAAUACGAGUCCAGAAAAAGGAAGCUAUGCCAAUGGACUCGACGAUCGAAUCGAAAUGGAUCCACCAACAUCAGAUGUAUCUGUAGCAUAUCCUUCCAAUGUUUCAUGUCCUCCACAUCCAUUUCCAAAUACAUGGAAGAAACAACAGCAGCAAUUACAAUGUAAGCGCAAUAAUCCAGUACCAUCACUUAUCAGUCAGGCACAGCAGCAGCAACUAGCAAAUAAACAAAAGCCAACAUCAAUAUUGGCAAAACAAAAAAAGACACCAAACGCCAACGAUACAAGCUCGAAACGUGAACGAAAAGCUGCAAAGACACUAGCAAUCAUUACAGGUGCAUUUGUCGUUUGCUGGAUGCCCUUUUUUGUUAUAGCUGUACUGUUACCUAUUUGUGGUGAACAAUGUGAAGUAUCACCCGUUAUAAUAAGUUUAUUCUUAUGGUUAGGCUAUUUUAAUUCAACACUUAAUCCAAUUCUUUAUACAAUUUUCAAUCAAGACUUUCGUAAUGCAUUUAAGAGAUUGCUAUGUGGCCGUCGGAAUAGUGUUAGGAGAAGAAACCGGAGAAUGGGUGGUGCCAAUAGUAAUGGUCGCUGACAUAACUCGUUCUAAAUUGAAUAAUUUAUAUUCAAUUUUUUCCAUUUGAAUGACGUAAACUUUUAUAUUGUGAAAAUUGCUGGAAGUUUUCUUAUUGAUUUUUGUUGAAGAUUUACAGUAGAAUCCUUAGAAUCAGAAUGCAUUCCUUUGUUUGUAAACAAUUUAGUACAAAAUUGGUUUAAUUUUUUAAUGAAGAUUUCCAUCAAAUUUCACAAUUUAAAAUUACAAAUGCUCAACUUUAGGUCAUGAGUCACUGAAAAUCUUAAUCUUAAGUUAUAUUAUUCUAAGUAUACGGACAAGUGCUUUUGGUAUGAGUGAAAGAAUUCAUCGUUUUUUUAAUUUUUAUAUCAUGGUCACAAAAUUCUUGCUUACAUAUUUUAAUUCCAACAAGA